AUGGACUUUGCAACUGUCAGGGCCUUGCUCGCGGCCAGCUUGGACACAAACGCCGAUAGCAGGCGACGUGCUGAGCUGCAGCUGAAGCAGGUCGAGGAUCAUGCCGGCUUCCUCAUAUGCCUGCUUGAUGUCUUGGAAGCAGAGCAGGACUCCAGUGUUCGCCUUGCCACUGUCAUCUACAUCAAGAACCGAGUAAACCGCUCCUGGUACCAGGCCGAAGGCGUUCCCUCCGAAAGCUCAAUAGCCGAAGAUGAGAAAGCGCGAAUUCGAGACCGUUUGGUCCCCAUCUUGGCCUCCUCCGAGGGGCUCGUCCGCCAGCAGCUGAUCCCCGUCCUGCAACGCAUCCUGCAGUGUGACUUCCCCAGCCGGUGGCCGCGAUUCCUCGAAUUCACUCUGGAGCUGUUAAAUACCAACAACCCGAACUCCGCGCUGGCUGGCCUGCAGUGCCUUCUCGCCAUCUGCCGAGCUUUCAGGUACAAGUCCAACGAGAGCCAGGACCGACAGCACUUCGACAACAUUGUCGAAGCAGCAUUCCCGCGACUUCUGGCCAUCUGCAAUGAGUUGGUGAAUCAAGAAAGCGACGAGGCCAGCGAGAUGCUGCAUUUGGCUCUCAAGGCGUACAAACAUGCCACUUGGCUCGAGCUUUCGCCGUACUUGCGACAGGACCAAGUCAACAUCGCUUGGUGCACCGUCUUCCUUCAGACCGUUUCCAAGGCUGUCCCUGCCUCCGUUAUGAUGAGUGAGGUGGCCGACCGCGAAAAACAUCACUGGUGGAAGGCCAAGAAGUGGGCGUACUUCAACCUGAACCGUCUUUUCAUCAGGCACGGAAACCCCUCCAGCCCCGGCAAACAAGACGGAGCCGUCCAAUUCGCGAAGAACUUCACGACCACUAUCGCCCCCGAGAUCCUCAAGCAUUACCUCCAGGAGAUCGAGAAAUGGGUGGCCAAGACUUCCUGGCUCAGUCGACCGUGUCUUUCUUACAUCCUGGUCUUCCUCGACGAGUCUGUACGGCCCAAGGAGAUGUGGGUGCAUCUGAAGCCGCACCUGACGAACCUAGUGACCCACUUUGUCUUUCCCGUGCUCUGUCUGUCGCCGGAGGAUGUUGAACAAUUCGAAGAGGAACCGGAGGAGUACCUUCACCGAAAACUCAACUACUUCGAGGAGGCGUCUGCUCCCGACGUUGCGGCCACAAACUUCCUGGUCAACCUGACAAAGAACCGCCGAAAGGAGGUCUUUGAGAUUCUCAAAUUCGUCAACGCGGUCGUCAACGAAUAUGAGCAAUCUCCUGACGAUAAGAAGAACCAUAUUGCAAAGGAGGGUGCCCUCCGGAUGAUAGGAACCCUGGCUCCCGUUAUUCUCGGCAAGAAGAGUCCCAUUGCCGAUCAGGUCGAGUACUUCCUCGUCCGCUACGUCUUCCCUGAUUUUACCAGCCCCUUGGGAUAUCUCCGAGCCCGAGCCUGUGACACCAUGGAGAAAUUCGAGCAGCUCAACUUCCAGGACCAGAACAACCUGCUGACCAUCUACCGGAACAUCCUUGACUGUAUGGCAGACCCAGCUCUUCCCGUUCGUGUCACUGCCGCCCUUGCGCUGCAGCCCCUGAUCCGACACGAGGUGAUCCGGACAAGCAUGCAGCAAAGCAUCCCCACCAUUAUGCAGCAGCUGCUGAAGCUGGCUAACGAGGCUGAUAUCGAUGCCCUGGCGAAUGUCAUGGAAGACUUUGUUGAGGUGUUCGCUACCGAGCUGACCCCCUUCGCCGUUGCCCUGUGCGAGCAGCUUCGGGAUACUUAUCUUCGCAUCGUCCGAGAACUGCUGGAGAAGGAGAGCAAGGCUGGAGACGACGGCGAGCUGUACAGCGACUACGAUGACAAGAGUAUAACUGCUCUCGGUGUUUUGCAGACUAUUGGAACGCUCAUCCUUACGCUGGAGAGCACUCCGGAUGUUCUUCUCCACAUCGAAGCAGUACUCAUGCCAGUGAUUAGCAUUACGCUGGAGAACAAGCUCUACGAUCUGUACAACGAGGCCUUUGAGAUUAUCGACAGCUGCACCUUUGCCGCCAAGGGCAUCUCCCCCAACAUGUGGCAGGCAUUCGAGCUGAUCCACACCACCUUCAAGGCAGGGGCUGAGUAUUACCUCGAAGACAUGCUCCCCGCGCUGGACAACUUUGUCCAAUACGGCGCGCCGGCUUUGGUUCAGAAGCCGGAAUAUGUCCAGGCCCUCUAUUCGAUGGUGGCCGAUAUGUUCUCUGACACCGUGGAGGGCGGCGUUGAGCGGAUCUGCGCCUGCAAGUUGGCCGAGGCCAUGAUGCUUAGCCUCCGGGGCAGCAUCGACAGCUGCGUUGAAGGCUUCAUCAACAUGGCCAUGAACAUUCUGGCCGGCCAGGACGUCAAGGUUAAGAGCUACAAGAUCCACCUCAUGGAGAUGGUCAUCAACGCUAUACACUACAACCCUGUGCUCACCCUGCAGGUACUGGAGACCAACGGCUGGACGAAUAGGUUCUUCAGCCUAUGGUUCGGCAGCAUGUCCUCCUUCACCAGAGUGCACGACAAGAAGCUCUGCAUUGUGGCUAUCUCCGCCCUUCUCGGCCUCAACCACGACCAAGUGCCCGCCAGUAUCUCUGUUGGAUGGCCGCGGCUGCUUCAGGGCAUCACGGAACUUUUCCGGACACUGCCCAGCGCCAUGCGCAAUCGUGAGGAUGCCCUUCGCGACGACUUCACUCUGGAUGCCGGCUAUGACUACGUAGACGAAGACGAGUGGGACGAGAGAGACGUGGCAUGGAACGACGAUGAAGAUCCGGGCUCCGCCGGCGACGAGGAGCAGGCGGAGACAAAGGACGAAAGCGCCGCCUAUCUCGAGUUCCUUAAUGAGGAGGCCCAAAAGUUCAGUCGCGUGAUUGACGAUGAUGAAGAAGAGGAGCUAGGAGAGGACAGUGUGCUCCUCGAGUCGCCGCUCGACAAGAUCGAACCGUACCAGCUCUUCAGGGCAACGCUGCUAAAACUGCAACAAGAACAACCCCAGUUCUACUCCAGUCUCGCCGGUCACCUCUCUGCUGAAGAGCAAUCUCUUAUCCAAGACAUCAUUGUCAAGGCCGAGGAAGUUGCCCAAGCGCAGGCCCAAGCUCAGCAGGCCGAAAUGAUUUCUCCUCACGGCACUGCGAGCGGCUAA